CGCCUAUAAACAUCAAGCGAAGAAGAAAAUACGCGCUUCGCUGCAAAAUGUCAGCGGAGGUUCUCGGUUAGACAAUUGUCGAGUGGUGGCGGCUUGUCUUGUUUUCCUCGCAUUUAUGGCGAUUCCCCGGAAAAGAAUUCGAGACAGCCUUUCCGACCGAAGCUCACCGGCUAGCGUCCCCACGGGCAACAAGCCGAGUGAAGCCAACGAGGCUGGCUGUGCUUAUGUUGAGGGUGCCGUACUUCGCAUCACCAUGAAAAACUUCCUAACAUACGACCACACCGUGGUUCGUCCCGGUCCAAACCUGAACAUGGUUAUCGGAGCGAAUGGAACCGGCAAGUCCAGCAUUGUGUGCGCCAUCUGUCUCAGCCUGGCAGGCAAAACGGCUGUCCUGGAUCGAGACGACAAGAUCGGGGGCUACGUGAAAAAAGGAUGUGACCGAGGAUUUGUUGAAAUUGAACUUUUUAAGAGGGGUGGAAAUAUCAUAAUUAAUCGGGAGAUCCACGUGGAGAACAACCAGUCGGUCUGGAGGCUGAAUGGAAAAACUUGUAACCAGAAAACAGUUGAGGAGGAAGUCAAGGCUCUGCAAAUUCAAGUCAACAACCUUUGCCAGUUCCUGCCUCAGGAAAAAGUGGGGCAGUUUGCCAAAAUGUCCAAAAUCGAAUUGCUGGAGGCGACUGAGAAAUCCGUCGGUCCCCCGCAGCUGUACCAGUAUCACUGCGAGCUCAAAAGCUUUCGCACCAAAGAGAGAGAAAUGGAGAAUGCCAUCAAGGAGAGAACCAGCUACCUUGAGAAAUCCAAGCAGAGAUACGAGAGAAACAAACUUGAUGAGAAUCGCUAUUAUGAGAAGCAGAGACAUCUGGAUGUGAUUGAGUUGCUCGAGAAGAAGACACCCUGGGUGGAGUACGAAACCACCCGCAAGGAGCUCGAGGGUGUGAAGAAGGACCGAGACGAAGCAAAAAGGCAGCUCUCCGCUCUCAAGCAGUCCCAAGCGCCCAUGUUGAGCAAGCUCCGGGCCAUUGAAGAGCAGCUGAAGCCCAGCGAGGCACAAAUGAAGGCAAAGAAUGCUGCCAUCAAAGAAGCUUCCUUGAAAUGCAAACAAAAGCAAGAUCAGCUGGACGGUAUUCACAAAGAGAUCGAAGACAUAAAACAGUUGUUCAAAAUGAAGCAGACGGAAGAAGAAGAUCGCAGGAAGCGCGUCCAAAACGUCCAAUUGAUCAUCGAGGACUUGAAAGUCGCCCUGGCCGAAGUCGACAACCAACCCGACGUGGCGCCCAGGAUCGCCGAAGUCAACGGCGAGUUGAGGCGCAUCCAGCUGGAGAGGGGCAAAGUGGAAGAGGAGAAAAGCAGCCUGCGCCCCGAGAAGGACAACCUGUCUGCGGAGUUGAGAAUGUUGGACAAAAAGCUCAGCGACAUGAACAACAUGAUGACGGUAAAAGAGGAGAAGCUGCGCGGGCGCCACAGGGACACGCACACGGCUGUGCAGUGGCUCAGGCAGAACCGACACCUCUUCGCCGGGAAUGUCUGCGAGCCCCUGAUGCUCGUGAUCAACAUGAAAGAUCAUCGCUUUGCCAAGUACAUGGAGAACCACAUUUCCUUCAAUGACUUAAGGGCCUUUGUCUUCCAGAGGAAAGACGACAUGGAAAACUUCUUGACACAGGUGCGUGACAACAUGAACCUGAGAGUCAACGCCAUUAUCGCUCCAAAGGAGUCGUGCUCAAGGGCGACUCCGUCGAGGCACAUUGAGUCCCUGAGGCGUUUUGGGUUCUUCACCUAUCUGCGCGAAACCUUCGACGCCCCCGAUGAGGUGAUGAGUUACCUGUGCCAUCAGUAUAAAGUGCACGAGAUCCCCAUCGGCAACGAGCAGACGGAAGCCAUGAUCAAGACGGUGAUCGAGGAGCCCUACAUCAAGGUGCUGUACACAAGCGACCAGAAGUACACGGUAAAGAAGUCGGUCUACUCCAACGUGACCUCCACCAAAAACACGACGGUGUAUCCGCCCAAAUACCUCAGCAUCACGGUGGACGCCGAUCAGAAGCGGCAGCUGGAGCAGCAGAUGAAGAUUUGCCAGUCGAGGUUACGAGACAUUGAUGGGCAGAUGAACACGUUACAAAGUGAAGCGGCCGCGCUGGAUCGCCGUGAUAAUGAACUGUUGACAGAGAGGAAGACCCUCUUGGAAAUAAAGGGCAAAAAGAGACAGCUGGAGCAGAAAAUCAGCACCAAAGAGGACAGACUGAGGCAGCUGGAGCAAAGUGCGCUUGACCUGAAGAAGAUCGAGGCGGAGACAAAAAAGAAAAUAAUCGCUGUCAAUUCCCAGAAGACAUCCGUGGUCACUGCAUUAGUGACACAAAUGAAGGUGCGAGCCAAGCUGACCAUGGAGAAGGUGUACCUGGCUUUGGAGAUGGUGGGGCUGUCGGCCGAGAGGACCGAGCUGGAGAACAUUUGUCGAGAAGGCGCCAAUGGACUCAAAAGCGUGAAUCAAAAGUGCAGCCAGCUGGAAGAGAGUGCGGUCCAGAUGAAACAACGGUGCAAAGAGAUCAUGAAGAAAGCCAAGGAAGUCUGCAGGAUGCAGCCCGACGAGGCGUUACCCGAACACCUCCAUUGUGCUUUCAGUAAACUGCCCGACACGCUGGACGAGUUGGACGCCAUGUUGAAUGAAGAGCGAUCCAGAGCCGAGUGCUUUCUGGGAGUCAGUAAAAAGGUUGUGGAGGAGUGCAGCAAGCGGGAGCAGGAAAUCAAAGAGUUGGAGCAAGAGCUGAUGGAGAAGAACGCCGCCUUGACUGCUUUCAAACAGAGGAUGUCACAGGCGAAAGAAAAGUGGCUCAACCCCCUGAAACAGUUGGUGGAGCAAAUUAACGAGAAGUUCAGCGAUUUCUUCCGUGCCAUGAAGUGCGCCGGAGAAGUGGAUUUGCACUUUGACAACGAGGGGGAAUACGACAAGUACGGCAUCGUCAUUCGGGUCAAGUUCCACGAGAGCAGUCAGCUGCAUGAGCUGACGCAAUUCCAUCAGAGCGGAGGAGAGCGCAGCGUCUCCACCAUGUUGUACCUCAUGGCCCUGCAGGAACUCAACCGCUGUCCAUUCAGAGUGGUGGAUGAGAUCAACCAGGGCAUGGAUCCCGUCAACGAGAGGAGAGCCUUUGACAUUCUGGUCCGCACCGCCCGCAAAGAGAGAACGUCGCAGUACUUCUUCAUCACGCCCAAACUGCUGAAGAACCUCAACUAUGUCGAUGAGAUGACCAUCCUUUGCAUUCACAACGGCCCUCUCAUGCUCAGCUCCAGCGAGUGGGACGACGGGGCGUUCCUUCGCCGCGGUCGGCGGAAGAAGAAAGCUCAGGCUUGAUCGAGACCUCGCGUACUCCGCCACGAUGCGACCCGAUGACACGCCCCCCCCCCCCCCCCCCCCCCCACUGUGGCCUGGAGGACGGCUACUCCGUUCAUCCGAGGCAUCGUUAGCGAGACUUCAGCUCCCGUUUGGCGUACGCCCUACAGGGGGCGCUAAAAGCUAGUCGAGGGAGUGGAAAGUGGACUGUUUGCUUUGAGCGAGCUGUUGGUUGGAAGCGGGCCGACAUGCUACGGAGGGGGUGGGGGGGGGAGCUCGAGCUGAGAUUGGCAAAAAAGUGCAAGACAUUUCCGGGUGAAAUUCCAGGAUAAAUCUAAAAUGCACAAUCUUUACGGGUGAACUCCAUUUGACCUCUUUUGAACGCACCACUGUUGAACGUUUCUCUUCUUUUUGCACAAAUGACUGUCCGCUAACAAGGAGCGGUUUUCUUCCAUUUUGAUUUCUUUUUUUUAUGUGACACUUCAGUCUCACGCUCUCUUUUGCCGGCUUCUGAUGAUCAUGGUCCACUUUCCACACCAUAUGGGGGAUGGGUUGUUUGUUGUUUUGUUUACAAGUCCAACGAAUUCUUCUUUUAAUGCACAUAAUCAUUCACUCGAGUUCCCCCGCAAAAAAAAAAAAAAAUCAGCAGCCACCACUAGAUGGCAGUCGAGUUGUAGUCGCGCUUCCGCUGGGGCUCCUCGCGGCAUUCUAGAAAGCCGGAGGCGGACAAAUAUCGAACGCCAUCGAGAUGAACAUUCUGAGUGAGUUGAAUCUGGUGAAAACAUUUGACUAAGUGGGUUCUUGUCCAGCCGUUUCGCGUCUUCCUUGAAUUUAUACCCAAGACAGUCCUUUUGUACUGUUGUUGAGUUUGGAAAGUGGAUUUAAAAAAUGUUCGUACACAUGCGUUGGACAAAAUAGAACCAAAAAAAUCAAACAUGUUAAGGGUACGUAUGCACGUGCUCCGUCCAUAUAUUAAAUGGCUUUUUUUUGUCAUCCAAUGUGCCGCCCCCCGAUGAUGAGUUGUAAAUGUGGCCUCCUCCAGCAUUUAAGUUGCCUAUCCCGUUGUAGGCCAAUUGUCAAUAAAACCAGGUUUUUCAAACAA